AUGCGGGCGAUUAUCUCGGUCGCCAAGUCGAUACUCGGAACUCGGCGAAGCGACGACGAACACCUCUACACUGGGCAAGGACCUGCCGGCAACGGCGCCGUACACUCGUUCCGCGUCUACAUUCAUGGAAAUCGGAAGAAAAACGAGCUCGUACAUGCAUGGCUGCGCGUGACAACCGAAACGAUUGCGCUGGAAAUUUCGAAAAAAGAGUGUCUCGUAUGGCCACUUCCGUUGAUUCGUCGAUACGGAUACACGUCAGCCGGCAUAUUCUUUUUCGAAAGUGGUCGACGGUGCGAAUCCGGAGAGGGAAUGUUCACGUUUCAGAGCAAGAAAGCCGAUGAGAUUUUUCAGCUAAUCCAAUCGCUGAUCGAAGAGUUCGCCAAUCAUUCGGCAGAGAAGCAAAACAUGGAGAACAGUUUCCGAUACCAUCGACAGCAAUCGGUGCCGAUCAGUUCGAGGAGGAUGUCCAAUACGAGCAACACAUCGUCUGUUUUCGCUCUCAAAUACCCAUCUCCGGGUCUUCUUCCGAUGCCAUCUGCUCGUGAUCGCAAUUCGAAUACCUCUCUCGCAUCGACUUUCUCUCUUCGUAAUGGUUCACACACCGUCCGUCCGAUGCCAUCGUCUGUUCAAAGAUUCAGAAGCGAAGGAAUGAAUUCCGAAGCGUUGACGUCAUCAAUGAAUUCGUCGGGAUUCAACGACUCGAUUGGGUAUCAUUCGUAUCACAGAUCGUCGUAUGAUCCGAGAACUGGAAGGAUUACAACUCCGUUGCGUCCGAGAAGCGUCACCGACACAUCUGACUUCGAAGACACGUCAUCAUUUGGCUAUCCACAUCACUUGCCACACGACAGUUUCCACGCGCUGAAUCACAGUCUGGGGACACGUGGAAAUCGGAUUCUUGGAAACAUUGUCACGGAGCGAACAAAUCCAAACCAUCAGCCAUCUGGAAUUGCCAAUGGAAUCCUCCCUUCCUACAUCAACGUGUCUGCAAAAGAAGUCGUCGCCUCUUCGUCCCGCCCGUCUCCAAGUUUCUACUCGAAAUCUUCAAUGACAGCGUCAGCGGCGUCUGAAGUCUCCGCCGCUCUCUCCGCGAUGAAUCGAGACAUUUCCACGUCACACAGUCGCCAUCAUCACCACCAUCAUCCUCACAGUCAUCACCAUAUGCCACGUGUCACUCCACCGCCUGUCUCGAGUCGAGCGUUGAAGCGAUACGCAGUCGUCUCCACGUCAUCUGAUCAGAAUCGACGGAUUUCGAAGGAAGACGCGAAACGGGCGUUCCUGUCGAACGAUCCACGUGUCGAUAUGGUUCUCGACGAUCCGAGAUAUGCGGCGGUGAAUGUGGAGGCUGAUGAGAAUUAUGCGAAUUUGGAGGAUAUACAGACCGACAAGAUCAUGCGUGGAAUCGACGUGGAAACACUCACCACUCUUCAUUCGACACCCGAACCGCCACCACCAUUGCCACGUCAUCACCAACUCCAAGCCACGUCAUCACGGACGUUGAAACCAUCGAAUGUCGGAUUGACGGCACGCGCCGCGACGGCCUCACCGCUGCCACGUCUCAACUACGCACAGAUGGUUCCGGUGCACGAUGAUGGAGACAUUCCGGACAGAACGAGUCGCUGCUCAUCGGUCGGUCGAUUCUACGACAUCAACUACGCUCAAAUGGACGUCGACCGAACGCAGGCGCUGAAGGGAACGCUUCGGAUGAAGAAGGAGGCGCAAACGGCGAAAGCGGCGUCGAAAAUUCAAUAA